CUCAGCAGGGAUGGAAGAAAAAAUAACUAUGCCUCAGUUGUAUUCAAACCUAAAGGACCCAGACCAGAAGACAAAAAGAAAGAAGAGGUUAUGUAUGAAGAAGUAAAGCUUCACAGUGAAGCAAGUGAAAAACAUUCUGAUAUGAAUGGUAUGCUGUGCACAGCAGGACCCCUGCCAGACAAGGAAUCUGAAAAAAGAAGUUGCUUUAAAAAGUUGGCUUAUUGUUUUGGGAUUGCUUGUGUCAUUUUGUCGUUGGGAGUCGGUGGAUUGUUUGUCUACAUUGUAUCUAUUCAUGACGUGGCGAGCCAGUUAAAGUCCAACCAAACAGCUCUACAGGAAGAAAAUUACAACUUGAACUCCCACAUCAGCAGUCUAACUUCAGAGAAAGAAAACUUGACCAGGAACCUUAGAAAUGUGACAGACCAGCUAAGUGUGUUCAAAACCCUGACAAAAUCCCAAUCUCUGUUAAAAGAUGAGAUAAGAAACCUGACGACUGAAAAGAUGGACCUUACAGAUCAAAAGAAAAACCUGGAGACAAAAAUCCAGAGGCUGGAGACACAAAACAUGAAGCUGGAGACAGAGAAGAAAAAGCUAACAGAACAAAUUCAAAACAUGGAGGCAGAGAUGAUUCAGUUCAACACCAGUCGAGCUCAAUGGAGCAUCAAUGCCUACUGUCGACAACAAGACAGCCCAAGAACAUGUAAAACAUGUGAGAGCGGCUGGUUACACAGUCAGUCCAGCUGUUAUGGAGUAAAUGACCAUGAUUCUGCUGGUCAGAGAAACUGGGAAGAAGCUCGAAAAGACUGCAGAGGAAAAGGUUCAGAUCUGGUUGUUGUAGCUGAUGACAAUGAAAAGAAAAAUAUCAGUGGUAACAGUUGGGGCAGUUAUGGGUUCAGAGGAUACUGGAUCGGUCUGAGAGCAAAAGAUGGGAAAUGGAAGUGGGUUGAUGGAAGUGAUUUAGCUAACACCUCCCGGAUGACUGUACCUGCCACUGAUGGUCGAUGUGUAAUCUCUGUUCAACAUGAAGGAUGGAAAUCAGUGAGCUGUGAUGAAAAGCAGCGGUGGAUCUGUGAAAAGGCAGCUUUAUCUGUUUAAACCUGCAGUCAAACUUCAUGUAAUUAUUAAUAAAAUUAUAGUAAACAGUAUUUCUGAAAUAACAAAGACUUGUGUUUCAGUUUUUCUUUUAAUAAUGUUUGUAAUUGUUUUUAUUAUAAAGAAAAAGAAAAGUUGUUCAUAUUACUAUUUGUAUAUUUGUAUAUUGAAUAAAUGCUGUACUGAGUUAAAAUGUAAUUACAUUCUAUGUCAUGCCUGUACAAGGUGUGAUUAUGAAUAUCAACAUUCAGAGAAAUACAUGUAUAAUAUUACAGAUACACUCAACUGUUUCUCAUUAAAACGUCUGACUUUGUUUAUCUUCUUUGAUAAAGUUACAGCGAUGUCAUUUAUCAGCAAAUGGAGGACCAACAAGACUGGUCUGGUUCCUGUUUAACUUUUAAUUCCUGCUGUUGUUUGACCAGCAGAUGGAGCUGUAUGACUUUACAGGGGACAC